UGCUCUAAUGGCCUUCUUAUGGUUGACUUCUUCGCUUCGGCCCUCCAUCUCCCUUUUCUUAACCCUUACUUGGCAAGGGAUGCCGACUUCAGUCAUGGUGUGAACUUUGCAGUGGCUGGGUCUACAGCACUUGACACAUCYUUCCUUGCAAAAAACAAAAUUGUACCUCCAGUCACCAACAGUUCUCUCUCAGUCCAACUUGGUUGGUUCRAAGACCAUCUAAAAUCCAUCUGCUACACCAAUACAGAGUGUGCCCACAAGCUCGAAAAGGCCUUAUUUCUAGUGGGAGAGAUUGGAGGGAAUGACUAUAACUAUGCAUUCUUUCAAGGAAAAACMAUARGAGAGAUUCAGAGUUWUGUGCCUUAUAUCCUCCAGAAAAUCAAGGAUGCUGUUAGAAAAGUGAUAGAUCUUGGUGCACGAACAGUGAUCGUUCCAGGCAAUUUCCCAAUAGGAUGCAUGCCAAUCUAUCUCACAGCUUUUAGAAGUGAUGACCCAGCAGCUUAUGAUGAACUCAAGUGCCUGAAAGGCUUGAAUAACUUGGCAAUGUUUCACAAUGAUAACCUCCAAAGAGCACUGAAACAGCUGAGGAAGGAGUACCCUGAUGUCACUAUUGUAUAUGCUGACUACUACACUGYCCUUCAGUGGGUACURAGCCAUGCUCCUUCUCUUG